CGAGAAAGAGGAAGAAACCAUGCGUUCAAUACGCAUGCGAGGUAAAACAUGUGCGCGGGCGCGUACAACGAAGGCUCUUUUCGAUCGACGUAGCACCACGACUCUGACGAUGACGUCGAGGAGAACGUGGACAACAACGACAACGACGACGACGACGACGAAGACGACGAAGACGAAGUCGGCGUCGACCAACGACGUCGACGUCGGUAGCUAGCUUCGUUGCGAUGCGAUAGUGGUAGUACUAGCAGUAGUAUUACAGCAAGAUAGCGAAUGGUGGGAAUAGAAUAUCGUGGAGGGGAUUGGCGCCAGUGGAGAGGGAAAUUAGAGUAGUGGUGGCAGCCACAGCGACAGUGGCGACGCUAACGUCGACCGUGGCAGCUUAGCGUAGCGGUGUGCACCGCACGGCCCGGUGGAGCAGGGAAAUCUCGCCGAGUGCGAGUGGCGCGCAUUACGUCGUUCUCGAUCGACUGUCAAAAUUAUUUUAUAUCGGGCGUGAAUUUUUAUUAUAGAACGUGUCGUGUAUUUAUUACGAGGCAGUAACGUAACCACGGCAAAGUUUAAAAAAUCGUGUAGAAGAUAGAAAAAUUCCGUAGUGAAUGUAGAUCGGUAGAACGAGGGAAGAAAGACCGGGGUUAUAAACGUGUCAAACAAUCGCGUGCGAUCGUUGAUUGCGUCGGAAGUGAUGUUACUUUCGUUUCGAUAGUGAUUGCUCGUGUUUGUGGCCGAUUCCGUGGCUUUCUUGCAUCACGAAACGGUGUUUCUGACGAAAGAGUGAUUUUUUUUGAAGUGUGUUUUUUCGGUUAUCGUAUUUGCAACGUCUCGUUUCGUCGUUCGAUUUAUCGAUUGAUAGUGUCGAUUCAAUCUACGUUCGAUUGGUUCGAUUCCUCUUCGACCAAGGAAAAUGUGGCCGCAGUGUGUGAAAGACACGCAGGACGAGGAUAUAGGAAGACAAUUUCCAUAAAGUGAAUUGAAGCAGAGGUCCUGUGAUCUCGAGAAACAUAGUGUUAGUGAAGUUGGUGGAAGAUGCUGCUUGACAAUCGAUUGCUAUGAUCGAGCCGCGGAGAGUUCACGUGGAACGAUCAUGAUUUACCUUAGGCUGCACGUCGGGAGGAGUCUACGGUGCAACACGAAUGCAAGACACUGGAACGUGUUCAUCGUGCCACUCUUCCCACUUUGGAUUAUCGGCGCCUUCUGUGUGAAAGACAUUCCUAUAUCGCACAUCGUGGCACUGGUCGGUGAUCCCACGUACCUUCCAUGCGACAUAUCAACCACACAGGAAGGAGAUUCGGUGCACCUUGUGCUUUGGUACCGCGAGGACCUCGGUACGUCGGUCUACAGCGUCGAUGCCAGGGAUCGAGAUUUCGGCAUCGCCGAACGAUGGUCGGACGACACGGUGUUCUCGAAUCGAGCUUACUUCAUGCCGGACAAGAAACCGGCCGAACUCGGGGUGGACCACAUAAGGGAGGAGGACGCGGGUAUCUACAGGUGUCGCGUCGAUUUCCAGAUCGGGCAAACGAGAAACUCCAAAGUCAAUUUAACGGUGAUAGUUCCGCCGCACAAAAUCGUGAUCGUCGAUGACUCAGGGAUCGCACGGAACUCGAUGGUGGGCCCGUACAUGAAGGGCGACACACUGCGGCUCUACUGCGACGUGUACGGCGGUAAGUAACGUCACGUCGACCCUUUGUCCUCCUCCUCUUCUUACAGGGACGACAAACUCGUCAGCAACAAAACCGUGACGGUGAGGAACGGUGUUGCGCGGAACGAGCUCGUUAUCAAAAAUUUAGGAAGGAACGACGUACGCUCGACGCUCACCUGCAACGCGACCAAUAACAACAGGUCGAUACCCCUUUCGUCCACCGUCUACGUCGACAUGAAUUUCUGGCCGUUGGAGGUGAGGAUAAUCGGGUCGAACCAGCCGUUGUCCGCGGGCAAGAGGUACGAGCUGGUCUGCGUCACUUCCGGCUCGAGGCCACCGGCCACGGUAACCUGGUGGAGGAACGAUCAACGUUUGGUGGACACCAAGGAGAGUAUGUCGAGCGAUGGGAACACGACCACCAGCAUCUUGUCUUUCAUGGCGACCAAAACAGAUGCCGGUAGACAAUUGUCGUGCAGGGCUGAAAAUCCAAUCAUGGGGAGCGAAUCGAUAAGGGACGACUGGGUACUCGAGAUACAGUACACGCCGGAAACGCGGAUACAGCUGGGCACCUCGUUGAAUCCCAACGAGAUCCGCGAGGGAACUGACGUGUACUUCGACUGUUUGAUUCACGCCGAGCCUCCGGUUUAUAAGGUUGAAUGGCGACAUUUGGGGAAAACUCUUCACUCCAACGUCACACAGGGUAUCAUAAUCAGUAAUCAAAGCCUGGUGUUGCAAGGCGUCGACCGUAAAAGCGCAGGCAAUUACACUUGCGUCGGAUAUAACACGGAAGGGGAUGGGGAGAGCAUUCCGUUUUAUUUGAACGUAAUGUUCUCGCCCACUUGCAAACCGAAUCAGACGAAGGUGCACGGCGUGGCGAAACAAGAAAAGGCAAACAUAUCCUGCCAAGUGGACGCGAACCCCCCCGAGGUUCAAUUCCGUUGGACCUUCAACAAUUCCGCCGAGAGUAUCGACGUGGCCGCCAGUCAUAUCGCCAGGGCCGGCACAUCCUCCAUCGUCUCGUACACACCUAUGACGGAAUUGGAUUACGGCACGUUGCUCUGCUGGGCCACCAAUCGAAUUGGACAUCAACAAGUGCCCUGCGUCUAUCACAUCAUACCGGCCGGUCGGCCCGAUAUGGUUCACAAUUGCACCACCUUGAACACGUCGACCAACUCGUUCUCGGUGCGAUGCACGGAGGGGUUCAACGGCGGUCUACCCCAGUCCUUUCUUCUCGAAGUGAGGGAGAGCAACAGCCAGGAAUUGCGUGCUAAUCUGACAUCGCCUGUGCCACGUUUCAGCGUCACCCAUUUGGAAUCGGGCGCCCUUUACCAGGCCUGCAUUUACGCGUACAACGAUAAAGGGCGGAGCGAGGCGAUGGUGGNNCAGGCUGGGACCAUGAGGCCAGCUGAAAAACAAUUAACGUCAGAAUCAGAGAGGCCGAGACAGAACAUCAGGCUUAUGCCAAUGCUGAGCGUGAUGAUCGGCGUGGUGACCGCUUUGAUCAUCGUCGCGGUAAUAGUAAUGGUCGUGCUCAGAAUUCAGCACACGCAGGUGGACGAACAGAGCAAGUCGCAAAUGGAGGAGCACAGCAAACAAACGAAACCGGCUCCCAUCCAACGGGAACUGAGGUUUCGGGAGGGAAGCAGUUUGCUCACGGAUGAAAAACAUCCCAGCAGUCCUUUCAGAAAGCUGGAGAGCAGCGGUGACAUAAGCGAGAACGACGAGAAGAAUCCAGAUAUCAUACCUCAGCAAAUCACCGGCGACGAGCCGUCCGAGUACCUGAGAAAGAGGCGGCUCGUGUCGACAAUCGAAACAUCGCCAUCGAGAAGUUUGUUGGAACACUCGACGGUCACUUCCGUAAGCGGGCACAGCAGUUACGUCGGUUACUGCACCAUUCGCAAUGGCAUGCCGUUGCACGAGUUCUCGAACCUGACGACGAAGCAUAAAAGCUUUCAGCCAAUAGUGGGCGACGACUAUCAAAGCGGGGUUUGCACACUGCCGAGGCAACACUGGCCGAGCCAAAGCGUUCAAUCAAUGUCGAUGACGAUGAGCCCGCCGAUGCUCUACACAGGUCUCGGUGUCGUCACCAGGACGUGCCCGAGCACCACCUUGCUCACCAAGGACGUGGAGGCUAGGAUCCCGGCUCAAUGUUGCAUCCAGUCGCAGAAGGACGGCAAGAUGAGCACACCGAUCGUCAUGGCCAAAAGGGAGAGCUCCGUGUGACACUUUUGUCGCUCGCAGACCAGCCACGUGUGAACAAUUAUCUCAUCGUUUAAGCGUUUCGUUUCUCGAAUCUCUCUGUACCGGUGAUGAUUCACGUGGUAGCGACGAUUGGAUUGGAUCGUUGUGGAAUGUACGGAUGAUAGAUAAAAAAAAGAAUCGUGGUUUCCGUUGCAGUAAUUGAAACCGCGAAGGAAGGAAGGAUCUUCACAAUGAUUCCUUUCUUUCUCGGUUUCGAUUACAAAAUUCGAAUCUUUUCACGAGUAUAGGGGUAUCUUUUCCCUCCCACUAUCGUGUAAUUUAAGCGAGUUAAAUCGUGUAUAAAAAGAAGGAUGUAGUUCGCGUGUAGCCAAAUAAAGUGAGGAGAAUUGAAAACGCGAUCUUGAAUUGUAUCAAAGGAAUAAUAGUUACCCUAUUAUAACGUGGAACGAUCGAUAUCU